UCAUCCUCAAGACUUUUUAGAGUCAGGAGGCAUCCGACCGUUGCGCCAUAACUGUCUGGGAAACUUUGGGAUAUCAGCGCCUUUUGGACUUUGUCACUUUUCACCAUUCAGCAGAAAAUAAAGGAUUCAUUUUUUCUCUUUUUAUGUCUGUUAAAGAGCUGAAAAGAAGCAUCAUGCUGAUGCCCUUAGCGCACCACAUCUUGGCUUUACAGCUCAUUCUGUUUGGAUACUGUGGAGACGUUUACGCGGGAGCAGCCCUGAAGAACUCCAACGCGAUAAAAACCUUAACUGGUGCGGGCAAAAGUGCGGACACAGUUAGUCCAAGUCCGCGCACCUCACCACCCGGUGGCACGGGGCACAGAUCACCCAUGGAUACUUUGCAGUCAGGUGGUUGCACGGAUGAUGAGGACUGCGGAGGUGAUGAGUUCUGCAAUGACGCCCGGGGUGUUUGCCUGCCGUGCCGCAAGUGCAGGAAGCGCUGUGUAAGGGACUCCAUGUGCUGCGCAGGAAAUCGCUGCAUCAACGGUGUUUGUCAGGUAAAUGACAUCCAUAACUCAGACUCUUUUGUCACCACUGGCUGGCAUAAACACAACAACACCAUGGAGCAUCAAGGAAAGAGAACACCCACAGCCCCUGGCUUUCAACUAAACUCUGUCAAAGGUCAGGAGGGAGAUGCGUGUCUAAGAUCCAGUGACUGCUCUGAGGGUCUGUGCUGUGCCAGACACUUUUGGUCCCGCAUCUGCAAGCCCGUGCUGACAGAGGGCCAGGUGUGUACGCGUCACCGCAGGAAAGGCAACCAUGGUUUGGAGCUGUUCCAGCGCUGCGACUGUGGUGAAGGCCUGGUGUGUCGGCAGGAGAAAGGAGAGCGAGAUCAGGGUGUCAGCAGGACUGCAGCGCGGAACCUACACACCUGUCAGAGACGCUGACACAACCACACGGACAGAGAGACAGAAAAAUAAAAACCCACAUCCACUCACACACAAAGACACACAUCGAUAAAUCAGUGACAGACACUGCAGACACUGACAAAUCCUCCUCUUCAGACCUUGUGUUCACCAAAGAUGCUGACACACACCAGACAGCCUACACCUGAGACAUUCUUUCCUGCCGAAAUUGCUGACAACAAUACAUCACCUGGAAGGAUGGACAUGAAUCCUGGAAAGUGAUACACCCACAGGGACACAACAUUGUAAGGCCAGCUUUUCCUAAACCCCAUCAACAGGUGGAGAAUCAAAAAACAGAAAGUGACAUUCCAGAAGGAUGAUUCGAGUCGUCAGUGGCAGAACUGCUUUUGUUUCUCUUUUUUGGAACUUCAAGCCACUCUUUUUGCAGUAAAUUACUGUAUUGUAAAUAAUCCUGCAGGUGGCACUUAUUUGUCCCAUUGAUUUAAAUCAACAGUAGUAUUAUAAAAGACAUGGAGAUGCAUGUUUUGUAAAUAUGUUACAUAAAAAGUUUAAAAUAUAUUGUUUUAUAAGAAACUAUGUAAAGAAAAUGUGAAUAUUUGUUCUAUUAAAUGUCUCAUCAU